CAACUUUAACUUGCCUCAAAGCUUCAUUUUUGAUUAACACACACAGUAGUAGACUUCUAUUGUCCAUUAAUCAAUAUGUUAUCGAGCAACAGCAGCAGAAGAAGAAGUAUCAAUCUCAUCCAUCAAAUUCAAUCCAUCACCAAAAACAAUGGAAAGUUUAUACUUGGAAGUGCGGCCAACUGGACUACCACUAAUUGGAAUCAAUCUACAAAAUUCAUCGGAGAAAGAACAUUCAGUACUCACUCUUGUUUAAAUGGGCCAGAGUUGAAAAAGCAACAGAAAAUGGAUGAUUAUAAAUAUUCGGCUAGAGAAAUACCAUCCCAGGUCACUCCCACCUAUUUUGAAGCAACUUUUGUUGUCAAUUCAGUUGAAGAAACUAGAAAUUUGGCCGAAAGAUUUUCAUCCAUGUUGGAAUCUACAGAUGUUGUCUUAUUAAUUGGUGAUAUGGGAAGUGGAAAAUCUGUUUUUGCAAGACACGUUAUCAGAGUAUUGGAAAAGGAUAUGAAUCUCAAUGUUCCAUCACCAACAUUUUUGCUAGAUAAUAUUUACGAAUCCAAAAUGACGAGCAAGAAAGUAUUAUUAUCCAAUAAUACAACAACAACAAAUACCUCAUCAGAACAAUCAGAAAGUAAAGAAGAAAAAACCUCAACAUUAUCGGAACCAGUGGUAGAAAAUUCACCAGCCCAAGAACCUACCACAACAACCAACGAACAACAAACCAAUACCUCAUCAGAACAAUCAACAACAUCAGAAAAUGUUUUUAAUUUGCAAUCGACAGCUUCUCUCAUCAUGGACUCUGCCGAAAGUCUGAAACAAAAGAGAGAAAUGUUACAAAAAGAAUUGGAAUCCCGUAAGGAUGCAGAAGUCAUGUUAAAGAAGGUUAUUUAUAGAGGUAUUCGUGCAUUUGGUGUUCUGUUUAUUUCUGUUUGUUUAUUGAUUUGGGCUGUAAAGAGGAAGAAUUUGGAAGCCAAGGUUAAAAAGUUCAAUGACAAGAUUAAAAAGAGUGAAGAGAAGGAACAAGAAUUGGAAAGAGAGCUCGAAGCUAAUUUCUCUUACAUUAAAAAAGAUAUUGAAAAUAAGAAUGGUACUUCAACCAGUCAAUAGAUGCUAAUAUUUUAGAAUCGGCUUACAUCUUUAAUUUGAAUUGUAAACAGAGCAUAACAAAUUUCAAAUGGACUUUGUCAAACUAAAAAUAAUCAUCAAUAAAAAACAAGUAAUAUUAUUUUUUU